UGCGACAGCGCGGUGCCACGUCACCUUUACGAGACUCACAUGGUUUGUUUUGGCCCUCUGGAACAAUGCUGUCCGCAGAUGUUUUCACGUCUUUCCCCGGACAGAUGUGGGAGAAGGUGCUGUCAAAGGUAAACAAAGCGGUUGUUUUCAUGGACGAGCCGUGUGCGGAAAGCCUGCACUGGAGCGGAGGGGCUGCUCUGCUGUUCGGCGCUGGAGCCCGCAAUGUCAAGCGCUUUUCCAGCUUCGAAGCUGGCGCAGACAACGAGCCCAAAGCGGUGUUCGUGGUCAGCACGCUGCUGAAAGGAAGAACGGCGGACAUUAUAAAGGACAUCGUUUCUCUUAGCCACUUCAGGUACUGUGUAGUGUUCACUGCUGUGCCGCACUCUCUGCACCUGCUCGCUGACGGAGUCUCCGCCGAGCCGGAGGGCAAUGUGGCGUUUACACGCUUCGAAGAGAAGCUGUGCGGGUGGAUGGGCAAUGCUGAGUACACAGCCCAGGUCAUGCAUGCUCCAGUGCACUUCGCCAGGGCGUCCUCUCAGCUCCUGAUCGCGCCCGGCUUUGCUGAUCUGUUCCCGCUGUUAGACACUGAUCUCACCUCCAUCAACCACAAGCGGCCGGAGAAACGCCGCUUCGCCAGUCUCUCCGACCUGGACAUGCUGGCUCUCCCUAAUGAGCUGCAGAUUAAGAUCAGAGCUCUGGUCUCGGCUCUGAACACCCUCUUCGAGUUCACACACACGCGAGAGGAAAGCUUCACCGUGGGCCCAAUGAGUCGCCUGAUCGCUUCCGAGCUGGCCAAUCAUCCCCAAGCUAAAAACCGCAGGAAGUCCUCAGCACAUAAAGCCUCUGUGCUCUUCAUUGACAGAACUCUUGAUCUGACAGGAGCUGUGGGACAUCAUGGUGACAGCCUGGUGGAGAAGAUACUGUCCGUUUUGCCUCCGUUGCCGGGUCACGUGACUGAUGUUCAAGUAGACAUGCUGGAGCUGACGCAUCUUCAGCGCACACCUGAGGCACAGGGUGUCCUGGCACCCGGCUGCCUGGGACAGACUCAGUCUGCCGCAGAACGGUCGCUAUGGGAGACGAUGCUCGUCGCUAAGCAGAAGGAGGCGGUGAUGGAGGUGAGGAGGCAGCUCGUGGAGGCAGCCAGCAAAGAGAACCUGCCAAUCAAAAUGAGUCUGGGGCGUGUGACAGGUGAGCAGCUCUCCUCGUAUGUGCAGUUGUUUCGGGACACUUGGCCGGCUUUAGAGAAUCACUGUGGGCUGUUGCAGCUGGCACUGGGCACCGCUCAGACGCUGCGCCAGCCUGCCCUCGCCCAGUGGGACGCCUGCCUUGCCUUUGAGAGACUCCUCCUUCAGGCGCUGGGAGAGUCUGAACUGGCAGAUGUCCUGAAGCAGUUUCUUUCCCUCAUGAAGUCCAGAAGUGGCACUGAGACUGAUUCAGGCUCGGCUGGUUUCAGCGUGGACGAGCUCCUGCUGCUGUUGGUGUAUGUGUACUCUCUGGCUCAGGAGACGCAAGCGAGCGGAACGCAGGACGAGGAGAAGGUGGAGAGAGAGAUCAUCGGGGCGCUAACACUUUUACUCACCCAGCAGACCACACUGAGUCCUUUGGUGCAGGAUAUUACAGGAGUCUCUAGCCCUGAGGAACUGACAACAGAGCGUGCACACACAGCAUUAGAGCGCGUGUUCGAGACGUUGAACAGCCUGGGCCGAGCCCGAGAGCACCUGAAGCAGCUGCGCUCGGUAUACAGCUCCGGCGACGGUGCACACCAGGCGACGUAUCGUCCGUUCAUAAAGCAGGUUCUGGAGGAAAUCUUCAACCCAAGCCGACCUGAGUGCCCCGACAUAGAGCAUGCUUCUGGAGGGCUUACUGACCUGCUAAAGACGGGUUUCAGCAUGUUUAUGAAGGUCAAUCGGCCUCAUCCAAGUGAUCAUUCGCUGCUGCUUCUCUUCAUGGUGGGCGGAGUCACUGCAUCAGAGCUCCGCCUUAUCCGUGACAUUGUCUCCACCCAUAAAGCAGGGACACAGGUUUUGGUAAUCUCGACGAGGCUGCUGAGGCCAGCUGAUAUUCCACACCUGCUGUUCAGCACUGACAGACUCUCACCUGAUAUAGGAGUGUGAGAAGAGAAAGCAGACCACACACACACACACACACACACAGUAAAGCAUACACAUUCCCGAAGACUCACACACUGUAGAAUCUAAGCAUCUGUGACCUUUUCUGUUUACCAGAGACCAACACACAAAUGCUUCUGAGUUGCAUGUAUGAAUGGUUUGGUAGAAGUGUGGAUUUUACUGUAAAGAGACUAAAAACAAUAAAAUCUUAAUAUGCUGAAAACAACUGGAGUAAAUAAAGAAGUUCAUUAUAAAUCGAUGCUAAGGGUGCUUCUUAAAGUGGGAACUGUAUGCACAAUUUGUAAAUUGUUGCAUGUUGAAAUAAAUUUGAGAAAAAUAA